GUAAAAUUGGAUCUGUGCGACGCCGAUCAUCGUGAAAUUUUUUUCUUCUAGUAUAGUAAAUGGGGUACGGAAAGCAAAAAUUUCGACGAGACCGCCUUCGCGUGUCAUCAAUUAAAUUCUUUCGCCGAUUACUCACUGCGAGAAACGAUUCACGAGGAUUGGUCAAAAAGCCAAAAGUAAACGUGGAAGAAGAUUACGGAGCUUCCAUGAGAGACCCUACUCCUACGAUUCCAACGGCGUUCUCCAUAAUGUUACCGCGGGUCUUAGGACGACGCUGUCACAUGUGCUCGUUUGACAUUUCCGAGUAGGCGCUAAAGCAAUUCGCACCAAGCCGCGAGCGGAGUGAUCCUGUAGUGAAAUUGUGCUCGUCCAUGUGACUUUCUUGAACAAUUAAUUAGAUACGGUGUUCCCCAAUUAUUAUACAUAUUUAACGUUAAAUACAUGAGAUAGUUUUUGACACAUCUUCGGAAUUUUAUGUAACUUUACUAGAAAAGUAGAUAUAAAGGCAAAAGAGAGAGAAAAUCGUGAUGUCGUGGUCGAAAAGCACGAUUACAAACAGCCGUCGGACGAUUGAUAAUUUUGAAUUACCACCGACACCGCCGACGCCGUCGUGUCUUCACUUGGAAGGACAAAAUCCGAGAUCAGCGACAACAGAUUGCGAGAUGACAUCUUCAUGUCACAGCUGGUCCUGGAGCAAUCCUUGCAGCGGAUUCGACAUUGCAACCGACGAAACUGCCCGUUUAUACUCUUCACCGUGUAUCGCGAAUUUUCUUCAAAGCGCCGAUACCAAUCAAAAUUAUCGCAUGUACAGGUGGGAGCAAUAUUUCCAUCAAGAUACCGCAAACUGUCAUACGAUGAUCGAUCCGUCAAAUGAGAAGGAAGAUGUGACAUCUUCGAACGAAUCCAAAGAUUUAUUAUACGAGAAUCAAGAUCGGCAUGGGAUGGCCUCGUCAAAUACAGAAACGAUGUUUCGUACUUGGGAAAUGCCUCAUUUACAGAAUACGAUUAUAAAUAAUGAAGAUAAGAACAAAUAUCAAUUUUGGCAAGAUUCGCAACACAAUAAAAGCUAUGCAAAUUCAUACUUCGGAGAAAAUACACGCCCGCACCAUCGAGAACAAGAAACGACAAAAAGGAUAAGCGAGAAGCCGCGGAAGGAGAGAACCGCGUUUACGAAGCAACAGGUUCGUCAUCUCGAGUGCGAAUUCGCGCAUAGUAAUUAUUUAACACGUUUGCGUCGCUAUGAAAUUGCUGUAGCACUAGAUUUGACGGAACGUCAGGUGAAAGUGUGGUUUCAAAAUAGACGUAUGAAAUGGAAGCGAACGAAAGGGAGCACGACGAACGUACAGGAAGCAGCUAUCGUAUCGUGAUAUGUUUCGAGUGUAUUAAUGAUAUAGUAUACAAUAUUUAGAUUUAAUUGUACAUAAUGAUUUACACAGAUAUCGUUUAGAGAAGCAUUAAAAAUAUACAUGUUUAUUGUUACAAGUAUAGUAAAAGCUUGUAUUUGCCAUAUAAAUUUUUAUUGUUUCUCCAAUAUACAAAUGAUAGACUAUACAUAUUUUAAAAAAGUAAAAUAAAGUAAUACCUUUAACUAUUUGUUUGGCACAUCAACAGGUUGAAAUUUUAUACUAAUUCCUUUAUUGUGCAGUUUAUCUUCUAACACAGAAAGUUUAUUGAGCGAAUUUUCAAUAUACUUUUUGUAAACUUCAGCACUUUGAAUACGGUUUUUAUGUAAAAUUGUCUGUCUCUUGUUUUUUUUUAGGAUAUUUAUCUUCUGACCAAUUUACUCCCAUGAAAAAUCCAAAAUG